CCGGUUCUCGUUUUCGCAGUUCGUUACAUAUUUUCAUUAUACGAAUACACACUCACUUAUUUGCAUUUUGUCGGUGCCACGAGUGAGGUAUAACAUUAUCAUUAUUAUUGAUAUAUUAUAAUAUUAUCGACUAUUACGCGAUAAACAGUGGUACCGGAAAAAGAUAAUUAGCAGAACUUUAUAAUAUAUUAUAUGCUUCGCGACGGCGUCGGUGUUGUUCAAUAUUGUGUCGAGUUCAGAAAAUACCACGGAAUGAUAAUUGUUGUAACAAUUAUUGUGUUAUUAUCAAUCGUUCUGCGCAUUGCGGUGAUGUGUGAAAUAUACGCUUCGUACUUUACUAAACGUUAUUCGUAUACGUCGCACACGUCACGCAAAUGUGUCGUACCGCGUAAAAUCCGAAUAUGUGCCUACCGAUUUCGCCGUAAUGCGUUGCAAUAAUAAUAAUAAUAAUAAUAAUAUUGGAAUAAUUUAUCUUUCGAAUGUGUUUUAUCCCAUUGUUCCGUCGGUAAAAUUUUACGACAUAAUGAUACUGUAACACAGACCGUCGAACCGUAAUUAUUGUAUUACGCCGCACGCCCGUCGCGUCGGCGUAAAGCUAAACAAUUAUUUAUAUUUUUUUUUCGUAUAAAAUUAACGUCGAAAACAAUAAUAUGUUCGAAACGAUGAAACCGACCGUGUGCAGCAGUUUGGAUUAGAGUCGUCGCUUUUUACGCGCGCAGACAUAGAUGUUUCCGUAUCCGGUUUUCGAUCACAAAGUCGUUACUAUCGCCUCGUCAAAUGCGCCGAACAUUGCUGCUCAACAUCACCACAACGAUCCUCAUGCUUGUAAUCCAACAGAACAACGGUAAAUCGCAUGUUUCGUGAGGACUGUUAUGCGGUUUGUGCAAAAAGCUGUCAUCAGAUGGGAUGGGUUUGAUCAAAAAUACAUACAAAUGUUGUCCGUCAACGAUAAAAACGUGGACAUCCAAUACUGGAAUUCGGAUAUUGGUAACGACAAAUCGAUAAAAAUAAAAUUCGAUCACGAGUACGACAUAUUAGAACAUUGGAUUCCGGAUUUGCCUUUAAAAGUAAUUAUACACGGAUGGCUCGACUCUAUCGUACACGAGGAUGGCGUGUUUUGCAUCAAAACAGCUUACAUAAAUGUCGGAGGAUAUAACGUGAUAACCGUGGACUGGGGUGGCAUAGCGGGAAACCGGAAUUACAUGUUGCCAAUGUUGAUGACGUCAAAAAUAGGUGCCAGACUUUCCAAAGUGUUGGAUAAUAUCGUGAGUCUCGGCGUAAUCAAACCGGCGAACAUACAUCUGAUCGGUCACAGUCUCGGGGCGCACAUCGCCGGCGUGUGCGGGUCCCUGAUGAAGUCAGGAAAAAUCGGCCGGAUAACGGGUCUCGAUCCGGCCGGACCGGGCUUUGAGUUUGCAAAGUUGCAGAAAAAAGGACUGAAAAAAACUGACGCUCUAUUCGUGGACAUAAUCCACACGUCUGGUGGUUCCACGGGCAUUUAUCACUCGGCGGGUCAUGCGGACUUCUUCCCAAACGGUGGCACCGUGCCUCAAUCGGGCUGCUACGACGGUAUGAAGUUCGAAAGGUUAAUUGGAGUCGUUGGCUGCAGUCACUCUCGGGCGUACAUGCUGUACGAAGACUCCAUUUACAAUGUCAAUUCUAUGAAGGGGGUCAAGUGUAUGUCCUGGGAUGAUUACUUAGACAACAAGUGCGACAGUACCAAGGGAACGCCGAUGGGACACGGCACUUCAUCCAAGGCGAGAGGUGAUUUUUAUUUGAGGACCAAAAGUGCUGCCCCUUUCGAUGCUCUGGAAACAACAAAAGAAGACCUCUAAAUUUAUGUCAUAUCUUUAUAUUACUAACGAUGCGCGACGUUAAGUAACCGUGGACGACCAUUGAACACUUCGAUUUGUCAACAUUUCAAGUUAAGAUUAACAGCAAUUUUAUUUUAUAAUUAGCACAAAGCAUAAAUUAUUAAUAUUUUUAUGUUUGUUUCAAGGGGCUUUAAAUUUUACUCGUGUUGUUAAUCGAUUUGAAUUAUUGCUAUUAUUUAUAAUUUUUGAUGUAAUUUAUUAUGAUUGUUAUUUAAUGUAAAUGGUUUAAAAUUCUAUUAUUUUUGUUAAAAAUAUUUUGUGAAUUUAUAUAAGUUGUUAAUAAAUUUGAGUACCUAUAACGAAA